CGACAGCAACAUCCUGAGCUUAACGGCCAUCAUCACCUUACCGAGCCUCGAAGUUCAGGUCUUGAUUGGCAUCCAGCCUCAUCUGCACAUCUCAAACCCGGUCUCACUCACCAACUCACCGUCAACAUGUCUUACAAGCAGGAGAAGGACUUCGGCGAGGGCCCUAAGGUCCACAAAAUCCGUAUCACCCUCACCUCCCGCAAGGUUGCCUCUCUCGAGUCUGUGUGCGCUGCUCUGAUCGAGCGUGCCCGCUCCAAGUCCCUUCAGGUCAAGGGCCCCGUCCGUCUUCCCACCAAGACCCUGCACAUCUCCACCCGUAAGACCCCCAACGGUGAGGGUUCCAAGACCUGGGACAAGUAUGAGAUGCGCAUCCACAAGCGUCUCAUCGACCUCCUCGCUCCCACUGAGACCGUUAAGCAGAUCAUCAUCAACAUCGAGGCUGGUGUUGAGGUUGAGGUUACCAUUGCCGCCUAAAAUAGUUCAUAUUCCACUCUGGAAGGAGGGAAAUGAACUGGCGCCCGCAUCAACCCUUAGCUGGGUUCAUGACGGUGUGGUUGUCGAUGGGCUUGCAGAAGAUCUAGCAACGCUGGGUCGACUUCGAUACCCGUUAAAAACAGUCAUAAAAAUGGAAGAGUUGCAAAGCGUAUACUA